UCUCUGCCUUACCAUACUGAAACCCGACCUCAGGUCAGAUCCAAGCACUCGUUGAGUCGAAGGCAAUGGCGAAUUCCAGAGUUUUCUGCGUCGGAACCGCCGAUACUAAGCUCGACGAGCUCCGAUUCCUCUCGGAGUCUGUCCGAUUAUCUCUUUCCGCCUUCUCCAACAACUCCUCCACAGAGGUAGAAGUUGUGGUAGUUGAUGUUUCCACAGGUCAGAAGGAAUCGGAGUAUUCGGGAGAUUUUACGUUUGUGUCGAGAAAGGAAGUUCACUCAUGCUAUUCUGGAUCGAUGGAGCAAACUCCGACUGUGCUUCCUGAUGAUAGAGCUGAAGCGGUGGCGAUUAUGAGCAAAGCGCUUGAAAAUUUUUUUAAAAAAGCUCAGGAUGAUUGCGUUCUUGCUGGAGCAAUUGGCCUUGGAGGCAGUGGAGGCACCUCUUUACUAUCAUCUGCUUUCAGAUCUCUUCCGCUUGGGACUCCGAAGCUCAUUGUGUCUACUGUAGCUAGUGGACAGACUCAACCUUAUGUUGGAACAUCGGAUUUGGUAUUGUUCCCUUCGGUUGUGGAUAUCUGUGGGAUUAACAGUGUGAGCAGGGUUGUGUUGUCAAAUGCCGGAUUUGCUUUUUCUGGAAUGGUGAUUGGAAAACUUGGGAGCUUCCAGGGCUCUAGUAUUGGCUACGAAAAAGGAACUGUUGGUUUAACCAUGUUUGGGGUUACAACUCCAUGUGUAAAUGCUGUCAAAGAAAGGUUGCAGAAAGAAGGUUAUGAAACCAUGGUUUUCCAUGCUACUGGAGUAGGAGGCAAGGCUAUGGAGUCCCUUGUUAAAGAGGGAUAUAUACAGGGAGUUUUGGACAUCACAACUACAGAGGUUGCAGAUUAUGUGGUUGGAGGUGUAAUGGCUUGUGACAGUUCCCGUUUUGAUGUUAUCAUAGAGAAGAAGAUACCUUUAGUCCUCAGUGUGGGAGCCUUGGAUAUGGUGAACUUUGGACCUAAAGAUACCGUACCUCCUAAUUUUCAGCAGAGAAAAAUUCACGUGCAUAAUGACCAGGUAUCACUCAUGCGGACCACAGUAGACGAGAACAAGAAUUUUGCUGAAUUUAUAGCAAAUAAACUGAACAAGUCAUCAUCCAAGAUCUGUGUUUGCCUACCACAGAAGGGAGUUUCAGCAUUGGAUGCACAGGGCAAGCCCUUUUGUGAUCCUGAGGCUACAAGUGUUCUUUUAAAUGAACUACAGAGGCUUAUUCAGGAAAAUGAAGAUAGACAGGUAAAGAGCUAUCCCUACCAUCUAAAUGACCCUGAGUUUGCGGAUGCAUUGGUUGACUCAUUCUUAAAGAUCAGCAUGAAGAAUCAUACAGAAUCUAGUCCUUCCCAAAAUGCUUCUACUGAUUCCAGCCUAGAUCUUCAAAAGGAUUAUGCCUCCAAUAUUAAAUCAGUUACCUGUGAGAGCAUUACCUUUAGCCCAAGGGACUUCCCUGAUGCAAGGCCAGAGACUUUGCAAAGAACUCAGGGAAUCUUACAGAAGCUGAGGGAUCAAAUAGCUAAGGGAGUGCCCAUAAUAGGAGCUGGUGCAGGAACUGGAAUAUCCGCAAAGUUUGAGGAGGCUGGUGGUGUUGAUUUGAUAGUAUUGUACAAUUCAGGACGCUUUCGAAUGGCUGGACGAGGUUCCUUGGCAGGCUUAUUGCCCUUUGCUGAUGCAAAUGCAGUUGUUCUUGAAAUGGCCAACGAAGUGCUACCAGUGGUGAAGGAUGUAGCAGUUCUUGCUGGAGUUUGUGGUACAGAUCCUUUUCGCCGUAUGGAUUACUUCCUUAAGCAGUUGGAGUCAAUUGGAUUCUCUGGGGUGCAAAAUUUUCCGACUGUUGGGUUGUUUGAUGGUAAUUUUAGACAAAAUCUGGAAGAGACAGGAAUGGGAUAUGGGUUGGAGGUUGAGAUGAUUGGAAAAGCACAUAAGAUGGGUUUCUUAACGACUCCAUAUGCUUUCAACCAAAAUGAAGCUGUGGAAAUGGCAAAAGCUGGUGCUGAUAUCAUAGUGGCCCAUAUGGGCCUCACUACAUCUGGAUCUAUUGGUGCAAAAACAGCUCUCUCAAUUGAGGAAAGUGUAGUUCGUGUUCAAGCUAUUUCUGAUGCUGCACAUAGGAUCAAUCCUAUUAUCAUCGUGCUCUGUCAUGGAGGCCCAAUAUCUGGCCCUAAAGAGGCAGAAUUCGUAUUGAAGAGAACCAAGGGAGUUCAUGGGUUCUAUGGGGCAUCAAGCAUGGAGAGGCUGCCAGUAGAACAAGCCAUAACAAGCAAUGUUCGACAGUACAAAUCAAUAUCCAUCGAGUGAAUGCCUGUUCUUAAUCAACACUGAUGCUUUCCUUUGUGGGUGAUUUCUCUUCUUCCAGUUGUUUCUUCUUUGCAACUAUAUGUUCUAAAUGAAAAAAUAAGUCAAUCUUGUUGCUGUAUCCCUUUGUAUAAUUUAAUAUUGACACAUUCAAUAAGAACUGAGGUGUAUACAUUUUAUGUCAAAUGAUGGAGAGACUGAGUUGGAUUUUACCCUUUUU